UCAGUCAACUCAACCUCAAAACACGAUAACGAGUAAUUUUUAUUCAUUCGGAUUUCUGUUAAGUUAAGAAUAUUUACUAAUAUAAUAAAUAAAAAUAAAGAUAAGUUAAAAACAAGAAUUCUGAACAUAAAACUAGAUGAUUACUGAUUAUGUUUAACAUACGUUUUAUGUAAAAGUGUAAUGUUAUGGUAACAAAGGAUCAUAUCCACUGAAUAAAGUAAUAAUUUCAUGAAUGAAAUGAUAGUUCCAAGCUCUGACAACUUGUACUCAGAUGAGUCAGAAGAUGGAGCUGUAGAAAUUGACAUUUACGUCCGAAAAUAUCAGCUUCUUCUAGAAAGGUGUGAAGUCUUACAGCAAGAUAAUGAACGACUUGCCAAUCGGAUUCAAAAAGUUAAGAAGCUGUUACGAAGAAACAGGCGAGAGCGGAAAUUUCUUAUGGAACGAUUGGACCGGUAUGGGGACAGUUGGCGAUCUCUUCCGUUGCCGAUAGAGUUGGACGAGCCCCUCGAUGAGCCUUUUACGCAUCCAGGUAAAUCUAAGAUAAUACCUACAGCUCCUACAACAGUGGCAGCAGAAAAAGCUAGUACGAGCCGCAAAAACCAAGCAGGUGGUAACUCUGCACCAAAACGCAAAACAGCUAAGGCUCCAGUAGAUCCCAAUGCGCCAAAACGUCCUGCCAACCCGUUCUUCCAGUUUUGUCAAGAACAAAGAACAACUGUGCUGGAGAGCUUGGUCGCUCAAGGUCUUGGUGAACCUAGCAAGCAGGAGGUCACAAAACAACUAGCCAUUCGAUGGAAUGCACUUCCCUCCAAUGAGAAAAAGAUAUACUAUGACAUGUAUGAAAAGUCAAAGGUCCGUUAUGCUGCUGACAUGCAACUAUACAGCCUCAACAAGGCUUCGAAAUCGUGAAGUGGAUUCUUGCUGUGUAAGUAACUCAGUGGAUCAUGCUUAUUACAACUCAAUACCAAGAGAAGACAACCCACAAAAUGACUUCAAGAUUAAUUAUCAACACAUCAAUGCGGCUGGAAUGUAACAAGGAAUGAUUGUUGUUUUUCUUCUGCUGGAGUUUUAACUUGUCAUUUGCUGUAACAUUUUGUAAACUUGUAAAAACAAAAUUGUGAUUGUGAAUAAUG